CGGAGCGUAGCAACAGUCAGUUGCCUCUAGGAGCAGCGACCCGAGCGAUCGUGAAGAGAAGUGCACUGAAGAAGCACAUUGUGUGUUGUUAGUUGUGUUUGGAGUGUCAAGGUGUUAUAACGAAAACCAAUGUCCUCCAACGUUGUCCAGUACCUCUCGAGAAAGUGUUUCUACUUGUGCUGUGAGUGUCUGGAUGUAGGAUACGCUCCUGUUUUCCGACAUAAUUCGGAUAUUUGAUGCGAGUGAUUUUGUAUAUGAGUGUUGUACGUUAGCAUGCCACUUUCUCGGACGAAAUCGCUGAUCUCGAAUGGGACGAAUAUCUCACCCAGCAAUGAGUCCUUCCUACCCCAGAUAACGACUAAAAAUGGCUCUAAUAUAUGUUCCGACAAAAACGGAUCAAUAUCGAGAUACAAACCAGAAAUUCGGGUGUUUCAAAAUGGCGUCUCGGAUAACUCAGUUCAGUCGGACGUACGUCCCAACUCCAACGGCAGCAAUGAUCAGCUCAGCAAUAAAAACUCCAAACUGCAGAAGAAUCUUGGCGCUUCUCCGCAACAGGUAAUGAAAUUGUAUAUGCACAAACUCACUCCUUACGAGCACCACGAGAUAUUCUCCUACCCACAAGUUUACUUUAUAGGCGCGAACGCCAAGAAGCGUCUAGGCGUCAUAGGGGCCGCAAACAACAGUGGAUACGACGAUGAUCAAGGUUCCUAUUUACAUACACCGCACGACCAUAUAGCGUACAGGUAUGAAAUGAUUAAAAUUAUCGGAAAAGGCAGCUUUGGCCAAGUCAUCAAAGCUUAUGAUCACAAAAAUCAUCAAAAUGUCGCUCUCAAAAUAGUCCGAAAUGAAAAACGGUUUCACAGACAAGCUCAAGAGGAAAUCCGUAUCCUGGAUCACUUGAGGAAGCAGGAUAAGGACAAUACUAUGAAUAUCGUUCACAUGUUGGAACAUUUUACAUUCCGUAAUCACAUGUGUAUCACGUUUGAAUUGCUCAGUAUUAACUUGUAUGAAUUGAUAAAGAAAAACAAAUUUCAAGGCUUCAAUAUUCAACUUGUGCGUAAAUUUGCUCACUCACUAUUACAGUGCUUAGAUGUUCUGUACCGUUCUCGAGUCAUACACUGUGAUCUGAAACCUGAAAAUGUGCUCCUCAAACAACCUGGCCGCAGUGGCAUAAAAGUGAUUGAUUUUGGUUCUAGUUGUUUUGAGAACCAGCGAGUGUAUUCCUACAUUCAGUCCAGGUUCUAUAGAGCUCCAGAAGUCAUACUUGGUGGAAAAUAUGGCACAGCGAUUGAUAUGUGGAGUUUGGGAUGCAUUUUGGCCGAACUCUAUACAGGAUAUCCUCUUCUUCCUGGUGAAGAUGAAGCAGAUCAGCUUGCUUGUAUUGUUGAGCUGAUUGGGAUGCCUCCUCAGAAAGUAGUAGAACAGUCCAAAAGAGCCAAAACUUUUAUCAGUUCUAAAGGUCAUCCUAGAUAUUGCACUUCAACGACGCUUCCUGAUGGGACAGUAGUUCUCAAUGGUGGACGAUCUCGUCGUGGGAAAAUGCGUGGACCACCAGGAAGCCGAGAAUGGUCAACUGCUCUGAAAAGUUGUGAUGAUGAACUAUUUAUUGAUUUUCUGAAAGGUUGUUUAGAAUGGGACCCUGCUUUAAGGCUUACCCCACCUGCAGCUUUGCGGCAUGCUUGGUUAAGGCGACGUUUACCAAAAGCACCAGAUAAUCCAACUCUUAAUACAGGGUCUAAGACUUUGAUGAUUCAGAAUGGUUCAGCUCGAACUAGCAUCAUAGCAAAAAUGAAUACUAUUGGAGGUACGAAAGCACGAACAGUUGUCACAACAAUUGGUGAUGACAUGAGUGCUACUUUAAAUUCUCAUAGCAAAUUGCCGCAAAUUGGAAAUUCAGUUACUUGAUUUAGCUUUUAAAAUAGGCAUGAUAAAAGUAUAGUUAAAUCAAUUCAAGUUUGAAUUGAUCUAUGUGCAUUAUUGUGAUGCGAGUUUUAAUGUUGAUGUGAGCAGCCUGCUGCCUUUUUUUUGGAUUGGAAUUUGCAGGUAAUUUGCUAUUAGCUUUAAUUUGUUUUUAAAGUGAUUUUCUAUGUAUGUGAUUGUAGUGUGUGGUAUGUGAUUUGUUUACGACACUGCCAUUGUGAAAUUAUAGUGUUUUUUUUAUCUUGCAUUUACUUGCUCUUAGUUGUAAAGAAUGUGUUUUAACUUUCUUGUUUUAAUUAAGUGUUUGCAAGUCAAAUUUAGGCUGCAGUUUCAUGUUUUAGUCAAAAUUUUAAAAGAAAAAUCAUUUUUCUAUAAUAUGGGCUUCCAUAAAAUUAAUUAAGGUUUAUCUGGAAAAGAAAUGACAUUUUAUAUUUCUGUUUUUUUCAUUCUAAAUAUGCAUUAGCCUAGAAAAUUUUUAAUAAAUUAUUUAGCAUUUUUGACAUGCAUUUAUUGACUAUUAUGCUUCUACAAAAUAUCUGAGAAAUUAUUUGCUCCUUAUUUUAUAUUUUCAGUUUAAAAUUGUUUGUAUUUUGUUGAUGUUAAUUUAAAUAUUCCAGACUUAUUUUUAAAAUUUUCAAGUACUCUUAUUUAUAUUGAUAUACAUUGAUAUCAAUAUCAAAUUCUUUGUUCUGUUUUCCUUUAUUUUCCCUAUAUCUGAUAAGCAUAUUAUCUCGGUAGUAGUAAAAUUAUAUCCUUGUAGUACCUGGUUUAUUAUAAGGUGCCUGAAUUAUUAUUAAAUUAUAUAUUUAGGAAAGUAUUAAAGCAAUUAUUUGUUCCAGAAAUCAUCUUUAAUCCAACGAAUUUCAACUUUUGCUGUUGAGCUUCGAUGUAGAUUAUUUCUAGACUUUAUAUCAUUUGUAACAUUAUAUGAAAAUAGAUAAUGAGCUUCUACCCAAAAUGAAAUUUUUUACAUUCUUUAUUAUAAUUUUGUAAUUAAAGAUGAAAUCUCUCUAAAUUUUUGUAAACUUUCAAAUAAAUCAUAAUGAAGCGGGAAAAAAUAUUAAGAAUACUCAAUAAAUUUUUCUGAAUUUGAUAUAAUAUAUAUUAUUUCAAUAAAAUCCAUAAAAAAUCAGACGAUACUUUUAACUAUUUUGAGAUAGGAGAAGAAUAUUAUGGAUAUUUAAUUUUAUUUUUGUUUCUUUAAAUUCAUAGAGCAGUACUUAAUUUUUGCGGAAAAUGUUUGAUAAAGUAGUUUGAUGUUAUUGGUUUGUUAAUACAAUUUUCACAUUCAGAAUAUCAAAAACUAAUAUUCUGAAAGUGAAAAUUUCAAUAUAUACAUUCACUAGACAUUACAAUUGAAUCAUUAAAAGCAUGUAGAAAGAAACAGUUUUAAUAAUUUACUGAAGAUAAUUACAUUUGUCGAUCAUAGAUAUUAAUUUAAUUAAUGAUUAAUUUUGAUUUGAGAAGAAACCUCUUUGUUACUAAAUUUAAAUAUUAUUUAGUUUUUAUUCUCUUGCCUGUUUUUACCUGAAGUAAGAUAGUAUUUAUUUUUUAUUCAAACAUUAUCCCAAAAUCUGAUGGUUUCUAUUCUUUUUUCCCCCAAAUAUUUGAUACAUUAUGUACCCUAGUAUUCUAAAUAUAUAUAUAUAUUGGAACCUACAGAGCUCAGUAAGAACCAAGAAUCUUAAUUAAACUCUUGAGGGGAAAAUUUGCAUCCAGUAACUUUAUUUGAUUAUUAAUAAACCAUUGAAAAACAGCAAUAAAAUGCAAUGCCAUCUAAUUUCAUUUAAAGCAAUAUAUUAAUCACAUAUGUGGAAAAUUGAUUGAUUUUCUAAAAAUAGUAGAUGCAUAUUUGUGAUUGCACAAUAUAUAUCAAUCAUUUACAAAGCUGAAAACCAAUUAGCUAAAUCAUUCCUCCAUUAGAGUUUUUAUUUUUAUUUGUAAACCAGAGUUGAUAAACUAAGUUAUUUUCUAAAAUUAAUUCAAAGAGCUAUAAGUGAGGAAAAUGUGCUAUGCAAAGUGAACUGUUUGCGUAAUAUAGUAAAUGAUUAUUUCUGUAUUACAAUAUUGAUUCUACUCUAUGUAUUAAAUUUUUCAAUAGAAACAGAAUAUAAAAAUGCUUUUAUAAUUUUUAUUAAUACCUGAUACAUCAAUAUAAAAAAAAUCUAUAAAAGAUCACUUUUUUUAACUUGUUAAUAAUAUAUUUUAUGCAAUUUUUUCACCAGAGAAAUAAAUACCGUUAACUAUAUUGGCAUUUUUAUGUUGAUAGCAAUAAACUGUUAAUGCAUGACACAAAAAUAAACUAAUUAAUAUCUAAUUACAUUGAUAUUUCUGCUGAAUCUGUAAUGCGGACAGGUACUCUAGCUUAUUAUAAAAACAGUUCAUGCUUUUAAAUAAAAUUUUGCUCAAGUUUAGACUAUUAUAUCUUUAUAAUUUCCUAUGAAAAAUAAAUAAGAAGAAGAAAAAAAUAAUAAUAUAUAGUGGUUCUUAAAAGAUGAGGAAUUUUCAUCUGCUUAAAUUUAAAAUUAUGUUUUCUUUAAAAUUGCAUAAAAAUAUUUUUUAUUUAGUUAUGGGGAAUCUUUAUGCUUUUUCUGUAUUGAUUAUAUAUUUAUAAUCAUUCAGUAAACUUGCACAGUUAAUGAAAAUUGUCAGUUUUAAAGGUUAAGCAAUAAUAGCAAAGAUUGCUGUUUUCCUUUUCUAUAUAGCUCAUAAUAUUUGUAUCGAUAAUUGUGUGAUGAUUUUUUUAUUUUUAAUGUGAACAAUUCUUUCUUUCAUAGCUAUAUUUUUUCUUAUAUUUUUUUUAACAUCGCCUAUUCUUUUUAUUUAACUAGAUAAAUUAUUUAAAAAGUAAAAUACAGCUUACAAGUAUUAAAAUAUUUAUAUAAGUUGUUAGUAAUGUUUAAAUUCCUAAAUUGUUUAGUUUUAGAAGCUGAAUCUCUAUCUAGGGAAUCAAAAGUUUGAAAAACAUUUGUUUUUGUUAGCUUUUAUUUUUUAAAAAUAGUAAUUGAAAUAAAAAGUAAUAAUAAGAGCCAAAUUUGAAAUUAAGCAAGGAAUAAAAAAAGAACAAAUAAAACUUUCUAUGAAGUAUUUUUUUUAUUUAAUUAAAAUAAACAUACAUUCAUAUAAAUGAGAAUUAUUUGGUGCUGCAGUUGCUCAAAAUUAUGAUUUAUUCAAUUUAGACAGAUUUAAAAAAUACUGUAAAAUCUAGCACUUAGCAUUAUGAAGGAAGAGAAAUAGUCAGCAGGCUGACAUAUCAUAUGAUCAGCUGAAAUGUGUAGCUUGAAUAAAUAAAUAUAUUGUAUAGAAUAGUGUCAGGACUGAAGUCAUGUGCAUUAUUGUGCUGUAUAUAUGUCUGUAAAUAUGUAGUUUAGUUGCUAAAUUUAUAUGUGAUUGUAAUAUUUUAUAAGACUGUGAGUGAAGCUACCUGUGGUGAUAAAUUAAAAAUGAAUUAAUAACUAAAUAUUUGUAUUUAGAGAUGUUAUUAAUUUAAAAUAGAAUUCAAAAAUUGUCUGAAUGCCUUUUUUAGAGAAUAAGAACGUAAUAAAUUAACAAUUUUUUUUCUGGUGUUUAUUACAAAUGUUUAAUUAGUAUAAAAUAGAAGUAAUGAUUUAAGGAUACACCUAUUCCUUCAUUUUCAAGGAUAACACUUAAAAAAGGUUUCAAAAUUCAUUUUCAUGAAUUAUUUAAAGCAAUAAUUCUUUUUAAAUGGAAUUAAAAUAUUACAAAUUGCAAUUCAUUAGCUAUAAAGUGUUAAAAAAGGUACAUUAAACAGUGCCAUAGCUAAGUAUAUAUAAAAUAAG